AUGCCGCCGCUCACGCUCGAACAGGUGCUGGCGCGCUCCAUGCGGCUGCCUCGCCAGCGUGCUCAGCAGCAGGUCUCACGCCUCUACAAGAGACACAAGUCGGCUGAACUUGGCGGCAGUCCCGGAUGGGCUCCUGCAACCGCAACGGGAAGCAGCCCGGUGGACUCAGGUGCGCUCCGUAGCAGCAGGAUCGCUGCGUUGAUGAAGGGCCGACACGCUGGAAAGCACGGUGGAGUCGACCGCAGCGGUGUGUCUGGGACGGUGGCGAACAAGGAGAAGCUGAACUUCUUUGAGCUCAUGGAGCGCGAGGAUGCGCAGCGACGAGCCAGUCGCUUGAGUAUCCACAGCAGCGGCCACCUUGUUCGCAACAGUGCUGACCUCUCAACGUACCUAACCGCGGCGCAGCGCACCGGUGACUGGGAGGGAGGACUGCGGGCAUUUGCCGAGGCUACCGCACUGUCCGCCGUGACGGCGAUGCUGGCGACGUCAGAGGCCACAGCGACCUCCGCUGCCUCCACGGCAGGUACGUCGAUCGCGUCCACCUCAGUGCCGCCCGCGCCGUCCGGGUCUGGCAUCAACCCCAAUGCAGUGCAGAUCACCGCUGUUCUCGAGAUGUGUGCCAGCGCCGAAAAGUGGGACUUAGUAGAGAGGAUCGGCGUCUUCUUCGCCCCUGCCUACCCUUACACCUUCAGUCGCGCGGUGGAACUCCUCGCGCGGCGCACGCCGUCAGACUCAAGCGCUGGAGAGGGCGGAUGGCGUUCUGCCUUCGCUUACCUGACCACUCGCUGCCCGUUGCCCGCUGCUGAAAUUACGGUGGAGGCGUUCAACGUUAUUCUGCGCGGCUGCGAGGCGGCACUGGACUGGCGAGGGGCGAUGGAGGUGGUGCGGGCCAUGGGGCCGAACCCGCUGCAAGGCUGGCGUGCCGCCGAAGAGGAGGAUGAGGCAGGCUGCGCUGCGGCCGCGGCCUCGCUUGGUCAUCCAGCGACGGCAUCAGACCCUGCUGAGACAGAUACGGUGUCCGCGUCGCCGCCGACUGCAUCGGCUUCCCCUGCCCUGUCCAUGUCGACACCGCCGUCUCCGAAUGUGGUGAGUUACGCGACUCUCAUCGCAACACUAGAGCAGGCUGGCAAGGAGAGCCUUGCCUCGGCGGUGCUGAAUCGGCUGCCGGCUGUUGAGAAGGAAGAAAUUACGGCCUCGUAUGCCGCGCUGAUUAUGGUGUGGUCGAAUCAGAUCAUGCGCAAGCAGCGGCGGCGCUUCUGA